AUGGCAGACUUCGACUGGAAUAAUUAUUUAGAAGUGAAUAAAACUAUCGCUGUUCCUGAAGAAUUAUUUUUACAUGUGGAAACCAGUCUUUACAAUGGCAUCAAACAGGGAAUGUUGCUGGAAGUGUGUCACAAGAACAAUCCAGACAUCUACUGGAUAGCAGAGAUCACCAUGGUCUGCGGACAUCUUCUGCGGAUCAAGUUCAUAGGUGCUGACAACGACUUCUGGUGCGACAUAUCCACCACCAAGGUCCAUCCACUGGGCUGGUGUGGGAAAUACGACGAGCUUAUAGAACCUCCUGAUGAGAUUAAUGAAAAAUAUGGAGAUACAAUCAUAGAGAUUAUGAAAAAAGCCUUAUUAGAUGGUCAGUCAGUGUCUAUUGAGGCUUUAAAUAAUAAGGGGCUGUCCCCUAUAGAUAGAAUUAAAGUUGGUAUGAAAGUGGAGGUGCAGAAUGUUAUUGAUCCAUACAGAUAUUGGAUUGCCACGGUUUGUGAGAACGUCGGCGGUCGUCUGCUAGUCCGAUACGACGGCGCUGAUGAUGAUCUGACGCAGUUCUGGAUCUUCUUCUCCAACCCUCGACUGAGUAGCUUCGGCUUCGUUACCAAUAAGGGUUCUCCGUGGCAAUUCAAAUAUCCGGGUAAAGUCAAUAAAUUCUCAUGCAAGAACAAGUUGAGUACACAACUGCGGCAGAGCGCUGAGGAGGCGAUCUCAGAACCUACGCCAGCCGACUUGUUCCAACCAAACCAGAACCUGGAGUCUCACAACUUCGUGAGUGGUAUGAAGGUAGAAGCUUUAAGUCCACAAGACAUGAGGACCAUCCGUCCCGCGACUGUUACCAAAGUGUUCAAUAAUUUGCACUUCCUUGUAGUCAUCGAUGACCAUGUAGAAGACUACGAGGACUCUAAGAUGGCCUGGCUCUGCGACUCUAUGCACCCAUACAUAUACCCCAUAGGGUGGGCACAGAAAAAUGGUUUCACUUUCAAGAGUCCCAAAAUCUGGAAAGAAGGACCAUUUGACUGGGACGAAUAUCUGACAAUGACGUCAUCAGUGCCAGCGCCAGACUACUGCUUCGGGAACAAAGUGCCGCUCGAAGGCAUUGAAGUCAAUAUGAAAUUAGAGGCUGUUAACCCACAGAAUCAUGAAGAAAUUCACGUAGCAAAUGUAGAUAGUAUUGUAGAACACAUGCUCUGCGUGGAGCUCCUGCCUAUUGGGGAGAAGUACUGGUAUGCUCAAGACAGUGACUUGUUAUUCCCAGUCGGCUGGUGCGAUAGCAAUGACUAUGCUCUACACAUUCCCGAUACUACGAUAGAAAAGGAGCAACCAAAGCCAGUAGAAGAGAGAACAGUCAAAGAGGACAUGAAGUGUUCAGAUGAAUGGUGCGAUAGGAUUUUCUUUAACUACAAAUGUUAUGCGGGACCAUCGAUUAGUAGAAACAAAUUGUCUCAGUUGCCAAAACACGUGGGACCUGGGCCUUUGUCUUUGGUGCUUAAGGAGGUGCUAAAUAAAAUAAUCUCGGCAUCAUACAAGCCUGCCAAGUUGCUCAAGGAUUGGGAGACUGAGGGGCCGCCCGAAGAGGGCAUGCGGCUCGAAAUGUUAAGAGCAAAGCUGAAGUCGAGUACGUACCACGCGUACGUGCCGAUAGCGCGGUCGGCGACGCAAGUGUCCGGCUUCUGCCGCGAGGUGUGCGUGAAGCUGCAGGCCUGCCCGUGUCUAUUCGGGCCCGACGAGCACGCCGAGGCCUGCCCCAACGACUGCCAACGUGUUGACAAAUCCACCUUCCAUCAUAACACAGAACGUCGGGGCAGACCAAAAGGCAGUCUCAACGGAAAGAGGAAAAAGAAGAAGGCUGCACCAGAGAAGAAGGAGAAGGAGCAGCAACCAUCGCAGGAGUCGGAGAGCAACAAGGAUGGGGAGUCCGUGGAGAGCGAACACAGCGCCGGCUCCACGCCGCCGUCCGAGCCGGGCACGCGGCCCAACUCGCGCACCACGUCGCGCCACAACUCGCGCGCCAACUCUCCCGACAGCGCCGACUACAAGCGCAGCCAGCGCAGGAAGCGCGAGCCCAAGCACAACUACCCCAAGCUGGAGAUGAAGACGCGCGGCGCCAAGCUACCCAACUUCGCCCUGCAAAUGAAGGAAGCCCACUGGAACAAAAAGGACGUGGAAACAAUAUACAACAACACCUGCGUCAAAAAACAGACCUCGCAAGACAGCGACACUGAGAAUGAGACGAACGAAAGUAGUUCCAAUUCUCGAGAUGCCAAAAAUAUUUCAGACGUAUCGGACUCAGAGGAACCAGAACUGAAAAAGUUGAAAUUCAACACUUACGAUCCUCUGCCGUCCGAUAACAAGAUGUUCGAGAAAGAUAUGGCGAUGUCCUGGAUGAAGGGUAAACUGAAGCUAUCCCCGAACCCACUGGAUUGGUCAGUCGACGACGUUUACGCUUACUUAAGUAGCACUGACGAUUGUAAACUUAUUGCAGACAAAAUGAAACAGGAGGAAAUAGACGGCCAAGCAUUCGUUAUGUUAGAUCUGCCGGUCAUCAGGGAGUUUUUGCACAUGAAGAAAGAAUUCGCACUACAACUUAGUAAACACAUAGCCAUGAUGAGGUGGUAUAUAAUCAAUUUUGAAGAAUGUGGUGAAUCGUGA